AUGUCGUCGCUGCGUAUUGCGGUGCCCGACGGGUGCAGCGUGGUGGACGCUGGGCGUGUGGUGGCCGGGGCGAAGCGGGCCGACGUGUGGACGGCGUACGAGGCGGUCCCUCACGGCCUGCUGGGCACAGGCGCGUCGUCUGUGGUCCGCAAGGUGGUGCGCCGGAGCGACCGGCGGCUGUUUGCGCUCAAGAUCAUCGACAAAGCCGGCGUCGGUGAGCUCCGGCAAGUGGCCAACGAGGUGCGUCUGCUGCGCAAGAUUGCUGGCGACCGCAAGCGGGCGCACCCGGGCCUUGUCCAUCUGUAUGAAGUGUACGAGUCGGAGACACAGGUGGCGCUGGUCAUGGAGCUCUGCUCCGGUGGCGAACUCUUUGACCGGCUGCGCCGGCUGCGCGUCUUCCGCGAGGCCGACGCUGCGUCGAUCAUGGCCCAGCUCCUCGCUGCCAUCCAAUACUUGCACGGGCGCGGUCUGGUCCAUCGCGACAUCAAGCCGGAGAACAUUGUGUUCUCGGAGCCGCACUCGCUUGCCAUCCGCGUCAUCGACCUCGGCCUUGCCAAGAACUUGCAUGGCAAGGGGACGCGGACGCCGUGUGGGACGCCGGCGUUCCUGGCGCCCGAGCUCGUCCAGUCGCACCUCGACGAGCACGGCGGCGCAGCGUACGACCACCGCAUCGACAUCUGGGCCGCCGGCUGUGUCUUGUAUGCCAUGCUCUGCGGCUUUGCGCCGUUUACGCCACAGGUCGGCGACCCCGAUGCCAUGCUUGACGCCAUCCGCUCCGGUAAGCUCGCCUUUCCGUCGCCGCACUGGGACGCCAUCUCGCCCGAGGCGCGCGACCUCGUCGCCGGCCUGCUGAGGGUCGAUCCCGCAGCGCGGCUGACUGCGAGCCAGGCGCUGGCGCACCCUUGGCUUUCGGGAGCUCGCGGGAGCUCGCCGCCGCUGCCCUCACUGAUCGAGGGUGAGACCGGCGGGCAGGGCUCAUCGGCCGGCUCGGGCAUUGCCACCGCGCCACACCUGGCGCUCAACUCUUCGGUCCAGGCCCAGCUCGACGUUGCCAUUGCGUAUGAGGCCUCGUCGUCGCUUGACGCCUCCGCGUCGCCGACCGCCAGUGCCCGCCGCCACGGCCACCCGCACCAGCCGGCGCGCCGACGCCACGGCGGCGACGGUAUCUCCUUUGUCGAGCUCUCAUCGGCGCUGCAGCACCUGGAGCACAGCCACAAGUCCGACGACGACUCGACACACUCGAGUGAGAGCUGA